GGCGAUUGUUGUCGGAGGUCAGUGUGACCCUGACCGCCGACGACCGCAUCGGCUUGCCCGAUCUUUGACAAGCGCUGCCGAGGGACGCCGUGCAUCGAUCUAUCUUCUACCUCACCCUACUGGAACGACUCCAUGUCGAGCGUAGCCACACGAUUGUCGUCUUUCUUCAAGAGACUCGGCUCGAGGACUGGUUCAACAACGUCCCUUUCCAAGCAGGUGUCGGCUGACGACACGACUGCCAAUCCUGCAGACGAUAGCAACGAAUCUUCUAUCAUUGCCGUGAAAGUACAUGCGCGAUCUGCCAUUGAAUCAUCAACUUCGUCGUUGGGCACCGUGAAGGAGGCGUGUCCAAGUCCAGCGACCCUCACGUUCGAGCGAGUGACGCUGGACGAGCUCGAACCAUUGGGGGUACUAGGGGUUGGCACGUAUGGCGUUGUCAAGCUCGCCCGGCACACACCGAGCGGUCGCGCGGUCGCGCUUAAAGUCAUCUCCAAGGAAUUCGUCGUGAGCAAUCGGCAGCAAAAGCACAUUGUUCGUGAGCGUUUUGUCCAUCUUCGACUGCGGCAUCCCUUCGUCACUACGUUGUACCAAACCCUCCAAGACGACGACUGCCUGUACCUCGUCCUCGAAUACCUUCCUGGCGGCGAACUCUUCACGAUCGUGCAUUCCGACUCCAAAUCACCGCUCAAGCAGCCGCAGGGAGGACUGCCCAUGGCUGCUGUCAUCUUCUACGCGUCGUGCCUCAUUCUCGCCCUCGACUACCUGCAUGCUCAAGGCACCAUCUACCGCGAUCUGAAGCUCGAGAACCUCGUGCUCGACUCGGACGGGUACCCCAAAGUGCUCGACUUCGGGUUCGCCAAGCCUGACGCAACCAGCGAACGCAACGCCACGAUGUGUGGCAGCAUCGACUACAUGGCACCAGAAAUCGUGGUGCGGGAAGGCCACGACCACCGCGCCGACGUCUGGAGUUUUGGCAUCCUCCUCUACGAACUGUGUCUUGGGACGACGCCGUUUGCACGGGAGACGCCUCGAGACCAAAUGCGCGCCAUUCAGGACGACCCCGUCGAGUUUCCCAACGCCUUCGAGGACGAGUACCCCGAGAUGUGUCAAUUAAUCUCAGGGUGCUUGGAGAAAGCCCCUGGUCGGCGGUACCCAGACAUGGCUGCGAUCAUGCGCCACCGCGUGUUCGAGCGCGUGAACUGGAACGACGUGCUGGAGAGGCGAUGCCCCGUGCCAUUCGUUCCAGAGCUCCACGGCGCAUUUGACACUUCCCGCUUUGAAUUUGCUCCCGAGGACCCGUCCGCAAACGUCGAACCAUACUACGAUGACGGGAACGACUGGGCCAAAGACUUUUAGCCGUCAUUUCUCGUUUUUUCAUCACUAAGUUACUACAUACAUAGCUUUCGUCGGUCGGUGCUGCCCACCGUGCAGGGAAUACGACGGAUAUGUCUGGAA